GACUUCAUGCAUGUGAAAUAGAACUAUUUUCGCGCGUAGAAAGUAUGAAUGGCAAGGUCGUUCACUUUGAGAAAUAUUCGGUUGCACCUUCUCCCAGUAGAGACUAUUAUGGAAUCAAAGUAUUUCACGAUGAGGUUGUAUUGUUUGUAUGGAGAAUCUCUCAUGGACCACACGUAUCCCCUGCUGUUCAUGUGACCAAGUUUUUUGAAUUUGCGGAAGACAAGUCCUUCCAAGACCAAAUUUGUCAAGUAUUCGGAAAACCCUUACUGCUGCAUAUUAAGAGUCUAACCUCGGGAACAUGUGAAACACUACUUGCAUUGCCUAAAAAUCUUAUUAAUAAGAUAUCGGAAUAUUUAGAUAUUCAGGAUAUUGUCAAACUCUCUUCAUUGUCCCAAAUUGCAAAUCAGAUUUUUAAUGACAAUGAGCUUUGGAAAAUUCUGUGUCAAAGGUGCCUAAACAGUAAUAUUUUUAAACGUAAAAAUGAUUAUGCUGUGGUAAAGGGAUGGAGGAAUCUAAUGAAAGAUCAUCAGACACAUUUGAAAAUUACACAUGAAAUAACUGAUUCAGUGAAAGGAGUAGAGAAACAAUUUAAAAAGAAUCAGGAAAUAUUUACAAACCCAAAUCGGGCAGCUUCACAAAAUUUAAAACCAAUGAAAACAAGGAGUAUUUAUAAAAUAAUCAAUAACAGUGACAGUAAACAAUGUGAUGCAAAAAAAUAUAAUUCUCAUAAUCAAACAAACAAAGCUUUAUGUUGCAAGAUAAAAGAACUUCAGACUUUGCGUGAUGUAAAUUCCAUUGGUUCUGCACAAUCUGCACUUCCAAUUGCAAGAUUAUGUCCACCCUUGAAAACAAAUAAAUCUCUUCAAGAAAUCAGAAGUGAAUCUAUCAAGCAAGAAAAAAGAUUGAGUACAAGAUGUACGGUAAAGAAACAGAAUAAUUCACAUUCUGAAAAAUUCAAUGUUUCUAACGAAACAAAAACUGAAAGAUUCAAAGAUAAUUCAAAUACUGAUCCAAAAAUUAGUAAUCUUAAAAAGGAUAAAACGAAUCGGAAAAGUAAACAAGUGCAAAAUAAUUAUGUCUCCAGUAACACAAUUAACAAAACUGGAAAUACAAAGAAAUUGCACAUUAAAAUCCCAGUUUCUUCCACAGAAAGUAACAUAACAAAAAUAAAUAUUAAGAUUAAACAAUUUUGAAAUACCACAUUCAAUAGGAAGAAGAAAUUACACUAUCUUGGAAUACCAACAAACAUUCUAAAUUUAAUUAAAAGACUUGCAAUAUCAACUUUUUGAAAUGAUAACAGAAAUUGAGACAAUUACAAAGAAAUUGAUAGAACGAAAUUUGGCAUAUUUUUAAAAAACUUGAAAGCAAAGGUUAUUGUAAAUUACUUAUUUAUGGUAAAAUACCAUUGAAAUCCGUAUCUCUUUUUGCAUUUAAUUUAUAAGACAAUGAAAAUUUUAUACAUAAAAAAGCAGCUGUAUAAGAUUAUCGAAAAUAUAUGCCGAUCAAUUUAGUGCGCAAAAAUAUAAUUUCGUACUACAAUUAAAAUGCCUUCAUAUGCGAAUCUGAUGAUACUCGUAAAAGUUGGAAAAUUUGAAUAAUGAGAAAUCUAGUAUCCUCGAUUUUUUUUAACACCAGGGCUAAUCCGAAGAACCUGUAAAGUUAAUUUUCGUAAUUAUAUGUAACAUGCAUGGAGAUCUCAAACACUAAUUGUUCAAAUAAUAUGAACUUAUUUAUUAUUAACGAUCACUUGUAUAAUCCUCAAAAAUGUUACUAUGACAUUAACGCAUACGCCUUAAUUCCUUUAAUUUAUUAUUAUAUCUCUUAUAAAUAUAGUUACAUCAACUAUACGUAUUAGAAAUAU